AUGACGCAGGGAAAUGGCCAACAGCGGUGCAUUGAGAUUGUUGAUCAAAUGGCCGCCGUUGCGCAAAGUACUCUUGAAACGAAGACACGAGAUAUCACACCACUGAUCUAUUUCGUGAAAACAUGGGGCCCUAUUCCUGCUUGUCAACAAGGGAAAUUGGUCUCAGGCCAAAAGCAGUACAGCUUCCCUUCUACGGUUCCGGAGUUCACCGCCUGCGAAGAGUGUUACCAUAGACACAUCGAACCUCUCUACUCUCAGUCACCCCAACCAGCGAUUCUCGCGCAGCUUGAGGAGCAAGAGGCAAAAACCGGAGGCUUCCUGUGUGAUCUGUUUUCACCACGUCUCCAGUCCUACUUCACAGACGCCAGUCGUACAAACGACAUCUCCACCUUCCGCCAAAAGCUCAUGGCACGAAACAACAAGAUGCAAGAAAUUGAGAUUCAGCUUCGGCGUAUGAAGCAGGAGAUUCAUCAGUUGAAAGCGCAGGAGAGAAUGCACAGGAAUCAGAUGAUAGUUGCGCAGUCGCAGGCCAGAAUCCGCAGCACACAAUGGGCUGUUAGUGGCUGGAGCGCACCGCCGAUUGAUUGGGGUAUAACAAACGUGGAGAUGGCGAAAGCAAAUGAGAAAGCGAUGCAAGCGGCCAUCCUUCAGGACAGCAUGACGGACCUGGAAAACGAAUGGAUUAGAUAUUGGAAAUGA